GACCUGUACAGGGACGUGAUGUGGAGACCUACUGGAACCUGGUCUCGCUGGACUUGGAGACUGAAUGGAACAUGAAUGAAUCGGACCCAGAGAAGGAAUCUUGGGAAAACAGACUAUCCAUUGCGACGGUUGUGGAAGGACUCAUGAAGAAUGGAGCCCAGGGUUACUCCUGUGAAAAAGUAGAGAUAAAGGGUGACAAAGUGGGGCAGCAACAUGGAAGCACAGGGACCUGUGUAGGGCCUUUGGACAUGUCCCAAGUGUUAGCUCCUGAGUAUUAUGAAUUUAAGACAUUCAUCCACCAGAGCCUCCUGCUGGCCCCAUCAAGAUUGGAAGGACCGAGAGGGCCAGGGAUGCACUGUUUCAGCAUGUGUGGGAAGAACUCAGGUACUUCAAGCCCCAGUCCUCCCCCGCAACUUUGUGCAGAGAAGAAGACAUACAAGUGCACACACUGUAGUAAGACUUUCAGUUCAAAGUCAUCCCUGUGGAAGCACCUAAGAAACUAUUCCUUGGAGAAGCCAUAUGUGUGUGGGGAGUGCGGUAAGGCCUUCAGCCGGAAGGACAGGAUCAUCCUACACCAGAGGACACACACCGGGGAGAAGCCGUUUGUGUGCAGGGACUGUGGCAAAGCCUUCAGCCGGAAAUCAGCCCUUGAUGUGCAUCAGAGAACACACACUGGGGAGAAGCCUUAUGUGUGCGGGGAUUGCGGCAAGGCAUACAGAGACAAUAGGCACCUCAUCGAGCAUCAGAGGAUACAUACCAGGGAGAAGUUGCACACCUGCGGAGACUGUGGCAAAGUCUUCAUCCACAAAUGGAGUCUCAUUGUCCAUCAGAGGACACACACAGGGGAGAAGCCUUAUGUGUGUGGGGAGUGUGGCCAGGCUUUCAGACAGAAUAGGCGUCUCAUGGAGCAUCAGAGGAUGCACACCGGGGAGAAGCUGCACUUGUGCAUGGAUUGUGGCAAAGCAUUCAGCCAGAAAUGUGACUUCAUUGUGCAUCAGAGAACACACACCGGAGAGAGGCCAUAUGUUUGUGGUCACUGUGGCAAGGCCUUCAGGCAUAAGGGUAACAUCUUCCUACACCAGAGAACACACACCGGGGAGAAGCCAUAUGGGUGCAGUUACUGUGGCAAGGCCUUCAGCCAGAAAUGCAGCCUCCUUGUGCAUGAAAGGAUUCACACCGGAGAGAAGCCAUUCAUGUGUGGGGAGUGUGGCAAGGCCUUCAGCCAGAAAUGCAGCCUCCGUGUGCAUUCAAGGACGCACACCGGGGAGAAGCCAUAUGCGUGUGAGUACUGUGGGAAGGCCUAUAGUGAGAAUAGGCGCCGCAUGGAGCAUCAGAAGACGCACACUGGGGAGAAGCCAUAGGUGUGUGAGGACUGUGGGAAGGCCUUCAGAAAGUAUGGACACCACAGGACACACAGCCAGCAAAAGCCAUACAAGUGUGGGAAGUAUGGCAAGGCCUUCAGGAACAAAAGGUGCCUCAUCCACCAUGAGAAGACACACACUGCAGAGAAGCUGCACUCGUGUGGGAACUGGCGAAGACUUCAUCCACUCAUGUAGUCUCAAUGUGCAUCAGAUGAUGCACAUUGGGGAGAAGCCUUAUGUGUGUGGUGACUGGAAAAGCAUUCAGCUUGAAAUGUAGCCUGUUUGUGCAUAAAAGGCCACACAGAGGGUAGACAUCAUAGGUGUGUGGGGACUGCGACUGGUCCUUCAGAGUGAACAAGAACCUUGUUGAGCAUCAGAGGAUGCACAAUUGGCAGAUGCCGUAUGUGGGCAAGGACUCCAGUCAGGCCUUCAGAGAGAAUAGGUGCUUCAUCGAGCAUCACAAGAUGCAUACCUGGUAGGAGGUAUACAUAUGCAGGGAUUGUGGCAAGGCCUUCAGCAGAACAGGAACCUCAUUGAGCAUCAAAGAAUGCAGAUUUCAUCUCCGGCUGGUGUGGCUUUGUGGAUUGAGAGCUGGACUGUGAAUCAAAGGGUCUCUGGUUUAUUUCCCAGUCAGGGCAUGUUUCUGGGUUUGGGUCAGGUCCCCAAUAGGGGGCACUCAAGAAGCAACCACAUACUGAUGUUUCUCUCCCUCUUCAAAAAUAAAUAAAAAAUUAAGAAACCUAAAAAAAGGGGGGGGGGGUGCACCCUAAAGAGAAGGCAUAGAUUUUAGGCUAGUACAGACUUGAGCAAGAACUCCUCAUUCAGGAAGCACAGACCAGUGCCCACUGGGGAGUCCCCUGCUAGGGCUCCAUCUGCCAGAAGGACUUCAUGACAUGCUUAUCUUUACAGAAUCAUUUGACUAGCCCCACCUUGGAGAAUUGUGGCAAAACCUUCAUCAGGAACCUUUUGUUCCCCAUCCACCAAGUGGUUUCUGUGGGAGACCAGCCCUACCAGAGUGGCAAGUGCAGGAAAACCUUCAGCAGGAAUUUCUGCCUCACGUGGCACAUAGCAGGGAAUUGGGUGAUUUUAGGAUUCACACCUGACUGGUAGGUCCUGAGCCCAUGGGCCAGCACCAGACUUGAUACUGGAGCCCACAGGUAGAAAGCAGAAGUCCUGAUCAGACCUGUCUUAGAAAUAUGGGUGUUGACACACUGAGGCAUUCUCACCAUAUGCUUCCCCAGCAUCUGCAGGUGCAAAGUAAGCCCCAUACAGCUCUAAUAUCUGGUAAUGAGGCCAGGGGCCCUGUGGCUCCAGACCUAGAUCCAAUAAACUUGUAGGAGUUUGGACAGUACAUUCAGUGUCUCUGGUCUCUGUUUCCUAGGUAGUAAAGUGGAGGAUGGAUAGGAGAAAAGAGAAGGGAAGAUGUGGAGGUGGGCUCCAUGGGGGCAUUGUCACUUUGUGACACAUGCCUGGAUCUUGUCUAGAGGUCAGGUUGUCACAUUUUUGGGUGUCCUUGUUUGCCCCACUCCCAGCCCCCAGGUUUCCUGCAACAGAAGGUGCCAGGUAUUUUAUGAAGGGAAGAAAAUUUUUUUUCGGCACGGGAACUAAUUGCGUCAGACACCAUAGUUUCUCAUAGGGGUCUGUUAAUUUUUUUU